GCAGCUCCUGGCUCCUGGUUCCAUCUGACCAGGUGCCUGGCUCCCAUCCCUUCCCAGCCCUGGAGACAGCACCCCCCCUGUUGCUGAGCGGCACUGACAGCAUGAAGGCUCAGGGUCGGCUCCUGCUGGUCAUCCUGUGCUCCCUGGGCUUCUCUGCUGCCUACAUCCUGCUGUGCUGCUGGGCCUGCCUGCCCUUCUGCCUGGCCUCCUGCCGGGGCCCCCACCUCUCCACCAACUCCAGGCCCACCCUGCCAAGGCCCCUGCACUUCAGUGGAUAUAGCAGAGUGCCAGAUGGGAAGCCGCUGGUCCGAGGGCCCUGCCACAGCUGUGCCGUGGUGUCCAGCUCGGGCCAGAUGCUGGGCUCGGGCCUGGGAGCCCAGAUCGACGGUGCCGACUGCGUGCUGCGCAUGAACCAGGCACCCACCUCGGGCUUCGAGGCAGACGUGGGCCGGCGCAGCACCCUGCGCGUGAUCUCGCACACGACGGUGCCGCUGCUGCUGCGCAACUACUCCCACUAUUUCCAGCAGGCCCGCGACACGCUCUACGUGGUGUGGGGCCAGGGGAGGAACAUGGACCGCGCGCUGGGCGGCCGCACCUACCGCACGCUGCUGCAGCUCACCAGGAUGUACCCGGGCCUGCAGGUGUACACCUUCACCGAGCGCAUGAUGGCCUACUGCGACCAGGUCUUCCAGAACGAGACGGGCAAGAACCGGAGGCAGUCAGGUUCGUUUCUCAGCACCGGCUGGUUCACCAUGAUCCUUGCCCUGGAGCUAUGCGAGGAGAUCGUUGUCUAUGGAAUGGUCAGCGACAGCUACUGCAGGGAGAAGAGCCACCCCUCAGUGCCUUACCACUACUUCGAGAAGGGCCGGCUGGACGAGUGUCAGAUGUACCUGGCACAUGAGCGGGCGCCCCGCAGCGCCCACCGCUUCAUCACUGAGAAGGCUGUGUUCUCCCGCUGGGCCAAGAAGAAACCCAUCGUGUUUGCCCACCCGUCCUGGAGGACCCAGUAGCCCCACUGCCCGGCUGGCCGCAUUGCUUUCACCAGGCCUCCGUUCCAUUCACACUCCACCAGAAACAUUUAAUUUAUGGAUCCUGCCUCUGCCAAUGCCGGAUGGACCUAGGGAUCCUUCCUGCCCUAGCCUGGGGACACUUGGAGCCAUCUCGGGUCUCCAGACUUGAAGGGGAGAAGAGGGGGCCAUAGUGGCCUUUGUAUACUCCUCCCCACCCCCACUCCCUGAGUAAUCUGAAUCUUAAUUUUGGGGUUUAUCCCACCUCGGGGUCUGUCCAGUGGCCUUUGCCAACAGGGCUGAUGGUCCCCCACUCACCAGCUUCGUGACCUUCAACCUUGUACCAGCCCUGGUCCUUCCUCUCUACACUCCCCCUCCACCCACCUUUGGUGCCACACUUCCAAGGCUGGUUGCCCUGGUCAGGGCAGCCCAGAGCUUGGGGUUCCAUAGGCAAAGGGGCCUUUGAACUGUGACUUGCCAGGGUCACCUCGAGUGUACGGGUAAAUGUGUUUUCUGGAA